GAAAAGACCGCCCUUCAAGAAACGACAAAACAGCAACACGAACAUCCUCUAAAAUGUCUCAGCUGGUUCAAGAAACCAAAUUAGUAUCGGUUCGCGGUUUGGGCUCUAGGAGACAGCGUCUCACAGUAACAGUACUGACGUAACUCGCCGUCUUUCGUGGCUCCGAUAACUUCUCUCAAUCUUACGUAACCCACCUAAAGGCUUUGGGAAUUGGUUCCGUAGUUUAUCCUUGGGCACGCCUUUCUUCUGCGUUUAUCGCGCCUAGCCUCCUAUAUUGACCAGCUGUUUAGUGUUAAACUCCGCGCAUUAUACUCGCCGUUUCGGCCGCUUAAAGCCUGAAGUACUAUUUCAGAUGUGCGUUAGAGUUGAUUAGAGCCAUUCGAAAAAAGAAUGGCGUACGGUUUCCCCUUGGUUCCCUAAUAAGUGCCGAAUCACAGGCGUCUACACUGUCUCUAUCGCGUAUGCUGUGUAACCUUCGUGUGGCUUUAAGAAGACGAAAUCAGUUUCUCUGUCCCAGCUGCACCAAUGAGAGCAAUCACGUCGCGUAGGCGUAGGUGCUUGGUAGCGUAGGGUGUAGGAACGAAGGUUGGAGUUAGAGUUAGGGUUAGGUCACGCCUUUGUCCGUGCGUGCGGCGUUCUCAUGGGAGGCGCCUUGUAAUCCCACUAACCUAAUAUUCAUCCCACUUAGCUAAGCGUAGCAGCACAUGGGCCUGUGUGCUUCCAUGUGUACCGGGGGGUCACAAGAAGAGCAAAAACCACCCCAAAUCACGCUGUCCGUGCCGCUACCACAGGAGUUUAAGUACGAGGCGCUAGUGGAUGCCACUAAUAAUUUCGACCAAUCAACAGUGCUGGGAGAGGGGGGGUUCGGGAAGGUGUACAAGGCCGUGAUUCCCGGAGCCAAUGGGGGCGAGGCGAAUGGAAACGGCGGGAAAGCGAAGGGAGAGGGUGGAGCAACAGCAUCAGCAGCUGUGGGGCAGUCUGUGGCGAUUAAAGUGCUGAAUAGCUCGGGGAAGAAGAGCGGGUACCGAGAAUGGGUGACAGAGGUGCUGAUGCUGGAGCGCCUCUCGCACCCAAACCUGGUCAGUCUGCGGGGCUACUGCGCUCACGGCGAGAUGGCCUUUCUUAUCUACGAAUACGUGUCAAAAGGCGCCCUCAACUACCACCUCUUUUCAACUGCUGAUGACGUCAUCCCCCUCUCCUGGCAGCAGAGACUGCAGAUAGCUGUGGGGGCAGCCACAGGGCUGCACCAUCUGCAUGAGAGAAACAUCAUUCACCGCGACUUCAAAUCUGCUAACAUAUUGCUUGAUGAUGAGUUGAGAGCCAAAGUGAGCGACUUUGGGCUGGCGAAGGUGGGGCCGGUGGGGGACCAGAGCUACGUGGAGACUAAGGUUAAGGGCACACCGGGAUACAUCGACCCCGCUUACAUGGAGAGGGGUGCGUGCAUGUCGCCUGACGGUGAAGUCAGAUGUGUACGCAUUUGGGGUGGUGCUGCUAGAGCUACUGACAGGGCGGCAUGCCACCGACAGUGACAGCGGCAGCCUGGCGCAGUGGGUGUGGCAGGAGUCCAAGGUCUACACCCCUGCCAUAGUUGACCCGAGAAUAAAAGACGGGUAUUCUGACAAGGGCGGGCGGAAGUUUUUCGCGCUUGCCCGCGCGUGCAUUAAUGCUAACACGGAGCCUCGGCCAGAGAUGACUGACGUGCUCAGUACACUGAGUCUGAUAACCAAGAUGUGAUGUGAGAGUGCACUAACCUUUUGAGUCGACUCAAAACAGCUUGUGUGCAUGCAUAAAUGCAAACACAGAACCUUGGCCAGAGAUGAUUCACCUGCUCAGUAGUACACUGAAUUUCAUAACCAAAGUGAGUAUGGGAGUAGGCAAUAUUGGAACAGGUUUUGAUUGGCUACAAGGAUGAAAUGAAACUACUGGUAGAUGGACACCAUUGUCAAACAUGUGUAUCUCUAAUGUUUGCAUAGACUGUAUAGGGUCACCUAUUAGAGGGUACAACACUU